CUCGCCGGCCCUGUUAGUGCGAGAGCAGAGGAGACGGAGGUUCUUUGCUAGGUUUUAGCGCGGGUGCGGCGGCGCGGUCCUGCCGUUGUGUGUUAGGUUGUCCGGAGCAAGCGAGCGGGAUGCCAAAGGGCGACGACGCGCUCGCGCGGAAGCGCGGGAAGGUGCGCCGGAAGCGGAUGCGCAGCAGCGAGAACGCCGUCUCCACGCGCGUCGCCGCCAUCAUCGCCUCCAAGCGCCGCCGCAAGACCGGUAAGCGCCGCGGCUGCGAGGGCAUGUGCUUCUCCCUCCCUUGCCCCGAGGACCCCUUCAACGAGCGCCACGGCAAGAAGCGCAAGACCGAAGACGCCGCCGACACCAACGACGACCACGAGAAGAAGAAGAGCAAGGAUUCCAAGAAGCGGCCGCUGGAGCGGGCCACCGGUUGUAAUGCCAUACCCGUGCGGAAGAAGGAGACGGUGGAGGACCGGGUGGAGUAUGACCGGCCGUCUAAGUUCCUGGUGGUCUGCCUCAACGCGAUCCGGGAUGGGGCCGGGGCAUCUGAGGAGGACGGCGGGGGCAUCCACGACACCGCCUCCUGGGGCAUGGAGCUCUGGAAGUCCUGCGCGGCGUCCCCGCCUUCGGACGUGCUCGACACCAGCUACCAGUACGCCACCCGGGAGCAGACGGCGUGGCUCGUCUCCACGGCCUGCGACAUCGUCGCCAGGAAGGAGAAGCUCGGAGUGGUCGUCUCAUGCCCCUUCCUCCUCUAUCUCGUCCCUUCCCAGGAAAAGGCCGUGCAAGUGCGUUCAAUAUGUAAACCGCUGAAGUCUCUUGGAAUACAUUCAGUGAGCUUGCAUCCUGGCGCUUCCAUAGAGCACCAGAUUUCUGGAUUAAAGAGCUGUGAGCCCGAGUUUCUUAUAUCUACCCCGGAGAGGCUCCUUGAACUGGUCUCACUAAAGGCAAUUGACAUAUCGAAUGUAUCAAUGCUGGUCAUUGAUGGACUAAAGUAUUUCAUGGACCUUAAUAUCAUCAAAGAACUUCGUUCUAUUCGAGGUACCAUAUCAGGUGAUGCACAGGUAACUAUAUUUAGUGGUCAAUGUGACCAGAGUGCGGCAACAGUGGCAAGAAAUCUACUACACGGGAGAAUUACAAAGCUUACCACGAAUGAUUCUGUUACUUCUCGAAGUGCAUUUGUAGCACAGCAUGUACACUUCUGUACUAAAGAGGAGAAGACAUCAAAGGUCAAGGAAAUUCUUGAGAAUGUUUUAGAAAACCAUGCUAGUAAGACAGCAAAGGUUUUGCUAGUAGCCGUAAAUGAUCAUGAAGCACAGAAACUCUCUUCAUCCCUUAAACUGGAAAUUCUCACUGUGAAUGAUGGCUCACAAGGCAGCACCUUUACCGUAUGCAGCAGCAUGGGGCUUAUCAAUGUCCUUGUGAAAGGCUGUGAGAGCUUGGCAACAUCAGGUGUUGAGGAAUUUGAGAUUGUGUUGGUCGCGGACUUGCCUCCUUCAUUUGACGAUUAUGUUGAGAUCCUCACCAGGACAGCUCGUCACACGGUUGCAGGGGAGGUGCAUGUUAUCGUCUCUAAGACUGAUGCUGCUCAUGCAAAGCCCUUGGCUGAUGUUCUUGCAAACAGUGGACAGGCGGUGCCUAAGUUGCUAAGACAAUUAAUUGACAAGAAUCACUCCUGAUGCAAUAUUCCUUUCUACUUAUGCGGGGUCACCGAGCAAUUUUGUCAGCGUCAACUGUUUUGCCUUCUUCUUUUUUGUGUAAUUCUCGUGUGUCGAUUAUUAUCUCUUGCCUUGAUGUAGCACAUUUAAAUUUAAAUUUUAUGAUGAAUAUGCGACAAGGCCCUUCCUGUAAGAACCGAAGUGCAUUCUAUAUAUUAUCUGAAAGGAACUGUUGCGAUGAGUUUUUUUUGAA